AGCUGGCAACGACGGCGUUGAAUGCCAACUUAAUUUAACGCCCGACUCUAACUUUAGUAUGAUUGGAACGUAUUAAAUAUUAGUUUUGUUGAUUAAAAAAGGUUUUACAAAAAUUCGCUUUUAUGGUAAACAAAUAUGGAUACUAAUUACAAUCUCAGUUAUGAAUUACAACGAGAUUUAGACGAUGCAAGGAGUACGUUAGUUGUAUUAAAUGAUAGCAUAAAACGUAUUGUGGGGCGAUCCAAAAGUGGAAAGGAUUUUAGGCCCGAAAACAAUAGAAAUGGCGUAGGCAUUCUCAAAAAGUGUGUAUUAAGCAUGAGUAAACGAUCCAAUGACUCCAAGUCAGUGUUUAAUAGAUUAUCUUCGCCUCCGUUAAUGCAAACAAGAAAAAUUAGGCCACAUUUAAACUCAAGAGUUAUUCGAGAACUACCUACACGUCAAGAAAUUCUUAAAGCGCAAUGUUCUGAUUCUGAGUCAAUAGCCCGAAAUCGCAGAAUGUUUGGAGCAUUGCUAGGAACAUUAAAUAAAUUUUGUCAAGAGGAAUCACGUUUAAAACAAAAGGAAGAAAGGAAAGCACAAAUAGAAAAGAAACUUGAAGAGCAAGAAGUACACGAACGUGAGUCUCUUAAGAAGGAAAGGCAGUCACUGUUCCACUACAGAAAGUGCAAACAGAUUGAAAUAAAAAGUUUGGAGGAAAGGAUUUGUCGUGUUAAAGAUUACGAAAUGUGGGAAACAUCAACCUUAUAUUUGAAAUCAUACAUAAAAACUAAGACCAUUCCUAGCAUAUAUUUCAGACCAAAACAUUUAAAUUCGGAAACAGAAAAACUACUUGAGAACUGUAAUACUGCCUUAUCGACCGUAAUGUGCGACAGAAGAAGUGCUCUUGAUGAUGAAUUAAAUGUCAUGAAAGACAGUCAUCACACGGAGUUAGUUAUGGACGAUUAUAAUAGUUUAUAAAAACGUUAAAUUUACUAUUUCUCAUUAAUUCGCUUCCUGCAGCUAAUUAAGGUUGUCGAAAUUAAAAUGUAAAUACAUAUUGUAAAAUGACUAAAUGGCAUAUAUUUGGA